CAUGGCGAACAGCAGCAUCGGGCUGCCCCGGGCGCACAGCCUGAGGAGCGUGCCCCGGACCUUCUCUGUUCCCUCCUCCAAUUUACUGAAUGACGGCCCCCGGGCGGAGAUCGACCAGAAACUGCGGGCGGCCCGGAACCAGGAGAAGGAGGAGAUCAAGGGGCUGAACAACAAGUUCUCGGAUGUCAUCAUGCGGGUUCGUAAGCUAGAACAGGAGAAUCAGGUGCUGGAGACACGAUGGGAUCUGCUGAAGCACACAGACACGUACAAAUCAAACGCUGACAAAAUUGUCAACAUGUUCUGCAACAAACUAAAGCAGCAGCUCGGUGAUCUGGAGAAGGAGAGAGAGCGCCUGAAGAUGCAGAUCUCACAAACACAACAAAUGGUCGAAGACUUCAAAGGGAAGUAUGAAGAUGAGAUUAACUCCCGUACUGCAAUGGAGAAUGAAUUUGUGGUCCUUAAGAAGGAAGUAGAUGAUGCCUAUUUUCAAAAGGUUGAGCUGGAAUCGAAACUGGAAUAUCUCACCAAUCUGAUUGAGUUCCUGAAGCUCCUGUAUGCUGAGGAAAUCCAAGAGCUGCAAUCACAAAUCCAAAGCACUGCUGUCACUCUCAAAGUCAACAACAAACGCCGACUCGACAUGAAACAGAUUAUUGAUGACAUCAAGCUGCAGCAUGCUGACGUCGCAGCCAGGAACAAGCACGAGGCUGAUAUCUGGUAUCAGACCAAGUUAUCAGAUCUGGAGAAUGAUCAGGCGAGACAGAACAACGACCUCAGAGAUUCAAAGAACGAGUUUGCCAAUUGCUCUCGUUAUCUGCAAAAGCUGAAGUCAGACAUUGAUGGGCUUCAGAACCAGCGUGCCUCCCUGGAGGCUAACAUCAGGGAUACAGACGAACGUGGGCAGGUUGCCAUCAAUGAGGCCAAGCAGCAUAUCCAGCAGCUGCAGGACGCUCUGCGUAAGAUUAAGACGGAUAUGGCCGAACAGAUGCGUGAGCACCAAGAAUUACUUAACGCCAACCUGGCGCUGGACAUGGAGAUUGCCACCUACAAAAAGCUCCUGGAUGGAGAGGAGGAAAGAGACGGAGUUCCAGCCAGUGGCACCAUAACCCGAGUGGUCAGCUCAUCGGUCAACCCCAAAGGAACAUUUGUCAGGAAAAGUUCAAAAUUCAUGUCUUAAGAUCAUUCGGUUUCUGUGGAUGGUUUGGAAGGGAUGGAAAUGAGAAUCAAUUUCUCUCUGAUCGAAGAGCCUAUCAGUGACAGCUCACAUGUGAAGGCCCACCCUCCACAUCAUCACCAGCAGAGAAACAGCAAGACAACAAACAGAAUCUUUCUCUCGUUCUGAUCUGAGUUUUAAUUAUCUUUGCAGUAAAGAUUGUAUAUUGAAUAAACUCUAUUUAGGGUAAUGCACUGCUGACCACUCACCAUUAUAACACUUCUUACCUGUUUAUUUUGUCUGGCUUUGCUUAGUUCUCUGUACUCUGCCCCUAUCCAUCCUAAUCCCCAAAUACAACAUCACAGACAUUUACACCCUUGCCCCUGGACCACUCUCCCUCACUCCUACCUACCCACUCUCUCCCCCACCCCCACCGACCCACUCUCUCCCCCGCUCCCAAUCCCACACUGUCCCCAUGCCCCCAUCACAAACUCUCCCCCAUCCUGUAUACCCCCUCAUCCCAAACUAUCCCUGUCUCACACUCUUCUACCUCUCCCCAUCCCAUGCUCUCUCCUUGCUCUCUGUCCCACCUUCCCCACCCCGACUCUCUGUCUCACAGUCUCUCCCCCUGCCUUACUACCCCAGCCCUACCGUCCCACUCCCCCAGACCCAUUCACUCUCUCCCCAUGUCCUCUGUCUCAUGCACUCUCUCCCCCAUGCUCCUCAAACUGUGGGACCCCCUCCCCACCCCUCUCUCCUAUCUCUAUAAGAGCUGGGUUCAAUGUUCAUUUUUGAAAAGUGCAUAAGGUAGCUACCACUUCAUGGCAAUUGUUUCUGUGCUUUCUUGUGUCCUGUACUUAUCACGUUGCUUUGAAUAUUUGUUAAAAGAGGUUUGUGGUGACGUUUGCUUGUGGUGAUGAGGGGAAAGUAUUUAUUAUUGCUGGGGGGUAUCAUGGAAUAAACUGUU